UUCACUCAAAAGACUGGACACCUCAAAUAAAAACUGCAAGACACUCUCUUAGUGGGAACGAGGAGGAGGAGAAAAGAACUUGCAUUGAUGAACGGAGCCCCUACUCCGAGACAAGAACAUUGUGACCAAAUUUUAUCUCAUUGAUUCUGCAUCUGGACGCUGCAGAGUAGAAGAAAAGGAUUUAAUUGCCUUGAACUAACUGAGUAACAGAGGGGGGAAAAGCCCUCGGGAAUUACACAUUAUAACUGCUAAUGUCGAGGUCAUGACUUCUGAGAGGAUGAUUUCUUGUUCACAUUUCCGUUUUUUCUUCAUUAUCACCCUUUUGUAUGGUUUCUGGUACAAUGUGGAAUCACUAAACCUCGAGGACCCUAAUGUAUGCAGUCACUGGGAGAGCUAUUCGGUAACUGUACAGGAAUCCUAUGCUCAUCCAUAUGAUCAGAUAUACUAUACCAGCUGCGCUGAUAUCCUGAACUGGUUCAAAUGCACAAGGCAUAGAAUAAGUUAUCGUGCGGCCUACAGGCGAGGCGAGAAAACAAUGUAUCGCCGUCGUUCUCAGUGUUGCCCAGGAUUUUAUGAAAGCUCUGAGAUCUGUGUUCCUCACUGUGCUGAGAAAUGUGUCCAUGGAAGAUGCAUCGCUCCCAACACCUGUCAGUGCGAACCAGGCUGGGGAGGCCUAAAUUGUUCCAGUGCAUGUGACAAUAAUCAUUGGGGCCCACAUUGUAACAACCGCUGUCAGUGUAAGAAUGGAGCUCUGUGUAACCCCAUCACUGGAGCCUGCUUCUGCACUCCGGGGUACCAAGGUUGGCGAUGUGAGGAGGUCUGCAGUGUCGGAACAUAUGGGAAUGGAUGUCAUCUAAAAUGCCAGUGUCAAAAUGGGGCAACGUGUGAUCAUGUGACUGGUGAAUGUAAAUGCCCACCAGGAUACACUGGUGCAUUUUGUGAAGAUCUGUGUCCACCAGGCAAGCAUGGACCUCAGUGUGAGGAGCGAUGCCCUUGCCAGAAUGGUGGGGUAUGUCACCAUGUGACAGGAGAAUGCUCAUGUCCCUCUGGAUGGAUGGGAACAGUAUGUGGCCAGCCUUGUCCUGAGGGAAGAUAUGGAAUAAACUGCUCACAGGAAUGCCAGUGUCACAAUGGUGGCCAAUGUGAUACAGCCACUGGUCAGUGUCAAUGUGGAGCUGGCUACACAGGGGAGAGGUGUCAGGAUCAGUGCUCCUUUGGAACAUAUGGAGAAAACUGUGCUGAAAGGUGUAGUUGCCUCAAUGGAGGCGAGUGUUACCACGUCAAUGGUGCUUGCCUCUGUGAAUCAGGCUUCAUGGGAGAUUCCUGCGAGGUUCGGAUGUGUCCCAACAGAGUUUAUGGAAUCAACUGUGACAAAAGCUGUCCCUGCCAUCCAGAGACCACACUGAGCUGUCACCCCAUGUCUGGCGAGUGUAUAUGUAAACCUGGAUGGUCUGGGCUAUACUGCAAUGAGACAUGUGCCCCUGGAUUUUAUGGUGUAUCUUGUCAUCAAAUCUGCAGCUGCCAAAAUGGGGCUGACUGCGACAGCGUAACUGGCAAAUGCAUCUGUGCCCCAGGGUAUAAGGGAUCUGAUUGUUCGAUUCCUUGUCCUGUUGGUACCAAUGGAGUCAACUGUUCCUCUUCCUGUGACUGUAAAAAUGGAGCAGUCUGCUCACCUAUAGAUGGCUCAUGCACCUGUAAGGCAGGUUGGCACGGAGUAGAUUGUUCCAUUCCCUGCCCUCGUGGUAAGUGGGGCCUUGGCUGUAAUUCAACUUGUCGCUGUGCCAAUGGAGGAGCUUGUAAUGCACUGGAUGGAACCUGCACCUGUCUGGCAGGAUGGCGAGGAGAUAAUUGUGAACAUCCAUGUCAGGAUGGUUCCUAUGGAAUUAACUGCAGUGAGCGUUGUGACUGCAGUCAUGCUGAUGGUUGUCAUGCCACCACUGGUUAUUGCCGCUGUCUUGCAGGAUGGACAGGCAUACACUGUGAUAGUGUGUGUGCGGAAGGACGCUGGGGACCAAACUGCACACUGCCGUGUAAUUGCAAGAAUGGCGCUUCCUGUUCACCCGAUGAUGGAGCUUGCGAGUGUGCACCUGGAUAUAGAGGCACGACCUGUCAACGCAUCUGUUCACCUGGGUUCUACGGACAUCGUUGCAGUCAGGCGUGUCCUCAUUGUGUGCACAGUAAUGGGCCAUGCCAACAUGUCACAGGGCAGUGUGACUGCUUACCUGGUUUCACAGGAGCUCUCUGCAAUGAAGUGUGUCCCAGCGGUCAUUUUGGGAAAAGCUGUGCUGGUUUCUGUACUUGUACAAACAAUGGGACGUGUAAUCCCAUUGAUGGGUCCUGCCAGUGCUACCCAGGAUGGAUUGGAAGCGACUGUUCUCAAUCCUGUCCACCUGGAUACUGGGGUCCAAACUGUAUCCACACCUGCAACUGCCACAAUGGAGCCCACUGUAGUGCCUAUGAUGGGGAAUGCAAGUGUACACCAGGCUGGACUGGACUGUAUUGCACACAGAGAUGCCCGUUAGGUUAUUACGGGAGGGAUUGUGGUGAACUGUGCCAGUGUCAGAACGGAGCUGACUGUGACCACAUCUCAGGGCAGUGCACCUGUCGUAUUGGAUUCAUGGGCAAACACUGCCAGCAAAGAUGUUUACCAGGCACCUAUGGUUAUGGCUGUCGACAGGUGUGUGACUGUCUGAACAACUCCACAUGUGACCAUAUUAAAGGCACUUGUUAUUGCAGCCCAGGAUGGAAGGGUUCAAAGUGUGAUCAAGCCGGAGUUAUAAUUGUGGGAAAUCUAAAUAGCCUUAGCAGGACCAGCACUGCCAUUCCUGCUGAUUCACAUCAUAUUGGGGCGACAGUGGGGAUUGUCAUCCUGCUCCUGAUUGUCCUCUUCCUCCUGGUGCUCUUCGUAAUGUAUCGUCGAAAACAACAGGGGAAGGAGGCUAACAUGACAGCCGUCACCUACUCUCCCGCUCUCAGAGUCAUGAAUGCGGAUUAUGCGAUUUCAGAAAAUAUGCAACAAGGUAAUGCUGGGAAUGCAAACAGCCAUUAUUUCUCCAACCCAAGCUACCAUACCUUAGCACAAUGUGGCAGCCCACCUCACACCAACAACUAUCAACGGAACGGCUCUGGAAAGGCAAAAAACAACCAACUUUUUGUAAAUAUCAAAAAUCUCAAGAGUCAAGGAAAGCAUGGUCCCAUUUUAGACUACACAGCAACACUGCCUGCAGAUUGGAAGCAAGGUGGCUACCCGAAUGAUUUAGGUGGUGCUUUUGGAAUUGACCGAGGUUAUGUUGGAAAAUCGCUUAAAGAUCUGGUGAAGAAUUCGGGCUGUAGUGCCAGCACCUGCUCACUCAACAGCACUGAAAACCCGUAUGCCACCAUCAAGGACCCUCCAGUUUUUACAUCUAAAAAUUCAGAGUGUGGUUAUGUUGAGAUGAAGUCCCCAGCUCGCAGGGAUUCACCAUAUGCUGAAAUUGGCAACUCCACUUCAGCCAAUAAAAAUGUCUAUGAAGUUGAACCAACAGUAAGUGUUAUCCAAGGAACAUACUGCAACAACGCGCCUUUAGGUCAAGAUCCCUACGAUCUGCCCAAGAACAGUCACAUUCCGUGCCAUUAUGACUUGCUUCCGGUCCGAAACAGUCCUUCACCAUCACUGAAAACAGAUGACAACGAAUGAGUGAAAUGGCACCAAUUUACUACUGCCAAAUAGUCGAGGUUGCACACCUCUGUCGGGGGUUAUCAGAAGAACAUUGACCAAUGUCUUGCCACCUCUUCUGGCUCGUGUUUAGGUGAUGAUUUAACUCCAGAGCUCAGCUGAAGUGCAGAUGGUGAGCAGGGAAACAUUGGAGACGCUAGACCACACAAAAAAAAGACACCCCCCCCCCACCACUUGUUAAAACAUCUUUCUUAUUUUUCAUUAUUUUGAGGUGUCUUUGAGGACUGAGAUUAAAUUGGUGUCUGCUUUACAGACAUGUAGAAUUAUUUGGGCAUUUGAGGCUGAGUUAUACCCUGGUACUCACAUUGUGAAAAUAAAAUGUCAGUGAAGAAUUUAUUUGUCCAACAUUUUCCAGAAAGAAGAUCCUUCUAAACAGGUCUACCAUCUCACUCCUUAAUUGCUACAAGUAUUUUUUUUUUAAACAAAUCAUUCCAUGUAUGCAUUACUAACAUUUAAUGUUACAAAUUGAGGAUAAUUUCUUCAAGUAGGUCGCUUAGAAAUGCUUUAGUUCUUUAUAUUUUGCCUAAAACUUGGCUUAACUGAGGAAAACGAGGAAAAAAUGAUCAAAUGUCACUGCAUGAUCUUAAGCAAAGCGCAAUUAAUUGCUGAACCCUUGAAUUCAGAAAUUAAAACAUGCACUGUUAAUAUAUUAAUCAAAGGGAGAUUUCCAUUGCAUUGUAACCGGACCCACAUCCCUUUGAAUCUGUGUAGCCACAGCCAUUCGCUGUUCCUAUCUGCGAGCUAUUUGUAAAAUAAGCCAAUGCUGUGCUUAAGCUGGUCUUUUGUGCAUCAGAAGUAAGUUUGUAAAGAUAGCUGUGAGGUUGCUCUUUCAAUAACUGCCUGUUUUCAAAACAUGUUUCUCAUGAUCUUUGCUCUUGUUUUUACAUUUAAUUCAAUGUUCAGAUUAAUAUUUCUGUAUAUUGAUUUCAUUGUUAAUUGAGAAUAUGACAUUUUGUUUGUUGUUGUGAACUUGCCUCAGCCUUCCUGAGCCAGUAUUAUUAGUCCUGUUAAUGUAUAAUAAGUUGUACAUAGAUGUAAAACCAGGUUAAACCAACUGACAAGUGGUAACUUGUUUAAUGGAUUUAAAACUGUACAGUGGAAUAUCCUGCCCUAUUAGUAAACAUUAACUUUUAAGUGCUGUUGCACUGUAGCCAUAUAUUGCGUGGUGACAUUAAAUAUAUUAUCCCACAAAGACGACUGCCUUUACCUGACUGAUAACAUUUUUGUUACGUAAUUUAUGUUUUUUUCUCAAUCAGUUUAUAUCAUAAACAAAAUAGAGGUAUUUUACUCCAUUUAUCUCAAACAAAAACCAGUGCUAAAUCUUUUUCACUUAUGUUCUGCUCUUUAAGUAUUACAUCUGCUACUUUUUAUGUAUAGAGUGUC